AUGCCAUUAAUGCCCUCAAACACAGUAACACCAGCUAUUAGUUCUGCUUCACCUUUCGCUGAAAAGCGACAAGAUUCUUUGACAGAUCGUGAACUAACAAAUCUUGAAUCGCACCAGUUAAUAUGGUUAGACAGCAGUAUGGAUACGAAGGAGUCACAAAUUACACUGCACAAUCUGCGAAAAGUCGUAGAUUAUACUAAACUGUUCGAUAAUGUUGAAGAAUGUGAACGGUAUAUUCUUGAGAAAAAAGAUACGAUCACAUUCUUAGUUACAUCAGGAGCACUAGGACAGAAUUUAAUUCCAAGAAUAAAUGAUCUUGGAAAUAUUCGACAGAUCUUCGUUUACUGUCGCAAUAAAGACUUUCACCAACAAUGGGCUGAGUUAAACAUUAAUUUCAAGCGGGAAAAAGAUGGACUAUUCAGUGAAAUUAUAAGAAAAGAGAAUACAACCGGACGAACUCACUCAUCGUGGAUAAGUUUCAUUGACCUUUUGUGUCAUUUACCAUAUCCAGAAGAUGCCCGUUUUAAACUAAUAAAUUCAUUAAAAGAAUAUUAUAAAGGAAAGGAUACGGAAUUGAAAAUUCUUGCGGAAUUUCUGAACUAUACACCGGAUCAGGCAAUUCGAUGGUAUACUCGUCCGACAUUUCUCUUUCAACUUUUGAAUCGUGCAUUAAGACAACAGGAUACGACGGUUAUGUUUUUAUUUGGAUUUUUUAUCCAGGAUAUAUACCGACAGUUAAAAGCGGAACAUGAAAAAUUUAAGCUAGCCCAUCUAGAAAAAAAUCCAAUCUUCACAGUGUUUCGUGGCCAAUUUAUAUCAAUGGCUGAAAUUCCAUCAAUAGUGACAAGGCCGGAUAACCCGCUGUAUGAUUUUCUUAACUAUUGCAUAGUGAAUAAUAGUUUCCUGUCAACGACUCUCGAUUCUGCUUUGGCACGUAUUCUUACAAAUCCAUCCCGAAGACCUUCUAUUGAUCCUGAAAACGUUAUCUUUGAAAUUACCGUUGACACUUGUUUAAACACUCGUCCCUUUGCAGACAUUUCGCAUCUAAGUUAUAUCCGUGACGAAAGAGAAAUUUUAUUUAUGAUCGGCACAGUGUUUAUAGCAGAAACUGGAACUGAGUAUUAUGAUGAAAAUGAAAAAAUCUGGCACAUAAAACUAAGCUUAACCUCUGAAAAGAUUUCGGAAGAUGAUAGAAAUUUUAACGCUGAAACACAGAGAGAGACGUUGAAAAUCGGUGUUACUGCAAUUACUCAGCGCCUGGCCUACGCAAAUAUAGAAAAUAUAGACAUAGUUUAUAACGAAUUGAUAAAUCUAUAUCCAUCAGAAAAUGCUUGGAUCUUAGCGUGUAAAUAUCAUUGCUAUGGCCUUCAUCAGAGAUUCAAGCUGAACAAUUUUACUGCGGCCUUGUCAAACUUUGAGAAAGCAUUGGAGAAAUGGUACACUUUUCUUGAUGACGUUAAAUUAAAUUGCUUUUUUGACAUUGGGCACCUCCGCAAAGCCAUCGGCAGUUGUUACCAUGAUAAAAGCUAUGAAAAGUAUGAUCCAGAUACAGCAAUGAGGUACCUUGACCAAGCAAUCGAUUAUUAUAAACUUGCCCUCGAAAGAGCAACCAGGGAUGAGGAACAAAUAAAGAUAUUUUAUGCGCUGGAAAAAAUUUUCGAAUUGGCCGGGCAGGUUAAUUGUGAUAAAAAUGCAAAAAACUGCUAUUUUUCAAUGGAAUGCAAAUAUAUUGAACUAGGUAUUGAAAAACGACUACAAUACUAUUCCCCAAAUGACAAGCAUCUGCGUGAUGGCAUCAACACAUUAUGUUUUUACUAUGGAAAAAAAUUGGAGGACGAAGUGCUUUUAGCUAAACAUUGUGAAACGGUGCUUCGGGCUCUUUUACAACAUCCUAAUCCAUACUUUAAUACGAUUAUUUAUGUCACUGACAAAUUGCUUGAAAUAUAUUCGCAUGUGCCAAGCAAAGACACAGAAUUAAAACUUAAGUAUCAACUGAUACAACAUCAAUACAAAUUGAGGGAAUAUGAACCAAAAUCAUGGGAUAACGUAGUAAAGACUAAUGUGAAGAAGACUUACGUAGCUAGAAAUCACACAGAUUUAUUUUAUACAUAUGAAUCAUUAUUUAAUUACGAUGAAGCAUUGAGACAUUCCGAAAAAGCAUUAGAGAUUUAUCUGUCGCAGUCUCUCCAAGUGAUGAACAACCUUUACUCGACUUUUGAACUGUUUAAGACUGUUGUAGAUAUGUAUAACGAAAGACUCGACUAUGAUUCGACCUUGAAAUAUUUGUUGAUAAAGAUUGAAUAUAUAUUGAGCUGGCAUUCGUCAAUCUCUAUCGACCGAGAAAUAACAAAUGAGACUCAGAAGGAUUUGCUAGCACGAAGUUACAUCGAACUGGCAAGAUGUUAUUUAUCUCUACAUCGCUACGAUGAAGCGGUAGCCAGCUACGAAACGGUACUAGAGAUUUGUCAACAACAACGAUGUCUUGACUUCACUUUGAUUGACUAUGUGACUUUAGAAUUAACGUCUAUUCAGUUCGAAAAUAAACAUGAUUAUCAAUUAGCACUGAAAUAUCAGCUGCUUUUGCAUGAGUAUACGCACGAACUAUUAAAAUGUGCCCUAGACCACGUCUGUGAAAAUGAUGACCUUAACCGUGAACUCAUCGAAGUAGCCAAAAGUCAUGAAAGAUUAGCCAACAUCUACAUAAGAUUGAAACAAUAUAAAACAGCUUAUGAACACUUCUUAUCAGCAGUUGAAACAUACCAGCACACCACAUAUUCAUAUUUAAUCGGAGGCAUUCAACAGCGAAUAGAAACACUGCAGUUAGCUAUAUCAUCAUCCGAUUACUCUUCUGUGCUUUUACAUAUGUCCGUGGACUACAUGAGUGAACUACGUAAAGCACGUAAUAUACUUUUUGACAUGGAAAAUACUACGGCUAUGCAAUCCACGUUCCGUUCAGGAUUGUGUCAGCCAGAAUUAACCGAGGACGAGAUGGCUAAGUGCUUAAUCAACUGGGUCAAUUCUCCAGACUGA